GUUCCCAGAAGAUCGGGCCACGCUCCGAAUCCCCCGGCUUCCUUUUACCCCAGCGUUUGAACCACCGAAGCUGCGUGUAUAUAAAGUGCCCAUGGGGUACAUGCAAUGCUUCAUACUGUCUGUGUCACUGGCAAUUAAUCGUGCACGCACUGUUGUUUCUCUCUCUUAUAUUUGCUACCUGUUCUGACACCAUGGGAGCCAAUGCUGUUGUGAGCACGUCCGGCGGAGACGCCUACGCUUCGAUCCCGAACAAUACCCAUGCUCAAUGGAUCAAAGAUGCCGGUCUGCGUCGUUUGAAUCUGGGCGUUGCACUGAUGUUCACCUCCGCUGCCGCGAAUGGGUACGAUGGGAGCUUGAUGAACGGCCUACUGGCACUGCCACGAUUCCUUCAGGAUCUCGGCGACAUCAACUCCAGCAUCGAAGGCCUCAUUAUUGCCGGCGUCUCCCUCGGCGGAACACCCAGCUUCAUCCCAGCCUCGUACUUUGCCGACGCCUUCGGACGAAAGAAGUGCGUCGCGCUGGGUUCCGCAGUCAUGGUGUGUGCCUCGAUAAUCCAAGCCGCGACAUCCGGCCCCUGGGCGUUUUUCGGCACGCGGCUCAUGAUGGGCGUCGGGCUGGGCUUCGCACAGACGGCCGCGCCCCCGUUAACCACGGAGAUUGCGCACCCGCGGCAGCGAGGCACUGUUACCGCGAUCUUCCAGUGUACCUGGUUCUGCGGGGCGGUUCUCUCUGCGGUCAUUACCCUGGGGACGCUGUAUCUGGGCAGCUCGUGGUCCUGGCGGUUUCCGUGCCUGAUGCAGGCUUUUUUCCCGGCUCUGCAAUUGCUGGGGUUGCUGGUUGUCCCCGAGAGUCCGCGGUGGCUUGUCUCUAAGGGCCGGCGGGAAGAGGCGUUGGACAUUUUGGCUAGGUAUCAUGCGAAUGGGGACAUGACUGAUCAGCUCGUCUUGUACGAGUAUCAGGAGAUCUGCGAGGCCAUUGAGCACGAGGAUGCAGUUGCAGAGCAGAGUGGUUGGAGUGCGUUCUUCGCUACGCGCGGCGCUGUGCACCGAUUGCUGAUCUGUGUCCUGGUGGGAUUCAUGAUUCAGUGGGCUGGAAAUGGAAUCGUCUCCUACUACCUCGCCCCAAUCCUGCGUUCCGUCGGCAUAACCUCUCCCAGCCAACAAGCGGGUAUAAACCUCGCAUUACAAGCCUGGAACGGGCUGGCCGCGCUGGCUGGCGCCUUCUUAACAGAAUCUCACGGCCGCCGAACCCUCUGGCUCCUCAGCACAUUCCUCAUGCUCAUCUUCUUCGCAACAGUAACAGCCCUCUCCGGCGUCUUCGCCGAAAUGCAAAUCAAAGCAGCGGGGAUCGCCUCCGUCGCCAUGCUCUUCCUCUUCUUCGGCUCGUAUGCACUCGCAUACACGCCGCUGUCAAUCGCGUACCCGGUCGAGAUAUUACCCUACCACCUCCGCGCAAAGGGGUUCUCGCUUUCGCUGACGGUCAUGUUUGCGGCGGGGUUCUUUAACCAGUAUGUGAAUCCGAUUGCGUUUGAUGCUAUUUCCUGGAGGUUUUAUUUUGUGUAUUUGGGCUGUCUUGUGCUUGAUUUGGGGAUCAUUUACUUUUUGUUUCCGGAGACAAAGGGGCGGACGCUCGAGGAGAUUGCAGUUGUUUUUGACGGGCCUGAGGCGUUGGGGAUGCGGUUCGCAGGGGAUGGCCAAAAGGCCAAGGCAUCGAGUCUGGUCGAGGUUGAGCAUGUUGCCUGAUACAUAUGCGCGAUUAUUAGACUAGAAUACAUAAAACCCAACACGGCUUCAAAUAACCAUCAAUCCACCCACCAAGCCAACCAGCCCCAACGCACCGGUCCUCCACCCCACUCUAGAACCGCCAUUCCCUUGCAGGCCAGCCACGCCGUCCCUUUCGCCAAACCCCAGCGUCGCAUUCCACUCGGGCACCUCCCUCCCCAGAAGCAACCCAUCCGACCUCUCCGCAUCGAUCCGCCCCGAAAACACCAGCUCGGCCCGCCCCACAAUCUCGUUUCCGCCACGGCGAUGCGCCGAAAAGGCCCCGGACAGCUGGACCCACGCAGUCUCCCCGUCAAACGACCCAGACAGCGCCGGGAGCGACCUGAGCUCCCUUGUCACCCAGUCGUAGACGAGCUCGCUGUCCAUGUCGUCGGGUCGCAGGAAGUUACCGGUGUAGAGCAUCCCGUCGAGCGACGACAGCGGCGUGCAGGUGUCUGUGACGUUGAAGACGAAAGUCUGGUCCCACAGCGUGUCGUUGGUGUUGGCUUUGCCGGUGAAGCGGUAGCCGGUACUCGUGGUUGUUGUAGAACUACCACUAGAGGUUGUGUUUCGUGGUGUGGACAUGUUGAGGCGCCAGCGCGGGCCGGAGUCGAGACUACGCCCCGUUUGUCUUUGCGUUAGCAUCCAUGUACCUACUAGGCUCUCCUCACACUGUAAGAGCGAAUAGACUAUAAAUCGACUUU